AGGAGAGGGAGAAGGAGAGAGGGGCCGAGCAGGAGGGAGACAGAGAGCGAAAGAGAGAGAGGGAGAGGGAGAGCGCGCAGCCGACGGGAAGGAGCGCCCGAGAGUCUCGCCGGCGGGCAGGAGAGAGCCGAUGCGAACCUUUUCGGGGGGCAACUGUCACCCCGGAGAGCCAGCCGGAGAGACUCACCCGCCUCCCCAACUCUGACGUUGGCGACCAGAAGUUAGAGACUUAAGCGUUAUUGACAUCACCGGGAAAAACGGUCUGCAGGACGCGGUUGGAGAAUACCCCCCCGAGCUGAAGAAGUGCUCCCGGAUGGUGUGUGGUGUUCUCUAUGCGUGCGUGUGCUCAAAUACCACAAGAGCCCAGACCCCCUGGGUAAUCGCGACAAAAAUGUGGAGGGAAUGACUCACGACAGAUCUGUGAAUUUGUUCUCUGGAGUUGCUAAUUUGCCAGCCCGAAGCAACACAUUUCACGAGGAGGAAACGUUUGGCUUGCUUUUGAUUUCUCCCCCAAACUGGUGCUACCAGAUGCAUGGCUUUCUAUGUGUUGGAACAAAUCAUUCCUAACUGCAGCAUACCGGGAAAGGGGAAAGGUUGAGGCAACUCACUGGCUGUCUCCAAAUAAACGAUGAGAUGUAAUGCAUCCUCCAGUCCAUGCCCGCUUCCUCUUGCAGUUUGUGCAUCAUUCCUCAGUGGAAACCUUUAAGCCCUAAAAUCCAGGAAAAGCAAAUAAAUACAUUAUCAUGGACCUGAGGGAUUUUUACCUGUUGGCUGCUCUGAUUGCCUGUUUAAGGCUGGAUUCUGCAAUAGCUCAAGAACUUAUUUACACUAUUAGAGAGGAAUUGCCUGAGAAUGUGCCCAUAGGAAACAUACCAAAGGAUCUGAACAUUUCUCACAUCAAUGCUGCCACAGGGACCAGUGCCAGCCUUGUCUAUAGACUGGUUUCGAAAGCGGGGGAUGCCCCUUUGGUGAAAGUAUCCAGCAGCACGGGGGAAAUUUUCACAACCUCCAAUAGAAUAGACAGAGAAAAACUCUGCGCCGGAGCCUCCUAUGCUGAGGAGAAUGAGUGUUUCUUUGAACUUGAGGUGGUGAUCCUCCCCAACGAUUUUUUCAGGCUGAUCAAAAUAAAAAUAAUUGUCAAGGAUACCAAUGACAAUGCCCCCAUGUUUCCAUCUCCGGUCAUCAAUAUUUCCAUCCCAGAAAACACUUUGAUCAACAGCCGCUUUCCAAUCCCAUCGGCAACAGAUCCUGACACAGGCUUCAAUGGUGUGCAGCAUUAUGAAUUGUUAAAUGGGCAGAGUGUUUUUGGACUGGAUAUUGUGGAAACUCCAGAGGGAGAGAAGUGGCCGCAAUUGAUUGUUCAGCAAAACUUGGACAGAGAACAGAAAGAUACCUAUGUGAUGAAAAUCAAAGUAGAGGAUGGAGGCACUCCACAAAAAUCCAGCACAGCCAUACUGCAGGUCACAGUAAGUGAUGUAAAUGACAACAGACCAGUGUUUAAAGAGGGUCAAGUGGAAGUGCAUAUUCCAGAGAAUGCCCCAGUAGGCACCUCUGUAAUUCAGCUUCAUGCCACUGAUGCAGAUAUAGGCAGUAAUGCUGAAAUCCGGUACAUUUUUGGUGCCCAGGUCGCUCCUGCAACCAAAAGACUCUUUGCUUUAAAUAAUACUACUGGGCUGAUUACAGUUCAGAGGUCCUUAGACAGAGAGGAGACAGCCAUUCACAAAGUGACAGUGCUGGCUAGUGAUGGCAGCUCCACUCCUGCCCGAGCAACGGUUACCAUCAAUGUCACUGAUGUAAAUGAUAACCCUCCUAACAUUGACCUCAGGUACAUUAUAAGUCCCAUCAAUGGCACAGUGUAUUUAUCUGAGAAAGAUCCUGUCAAUACAAAGAUUGCCCUAAUUACAGUUUCAGAUAAGGACACAGAUGUGAAUGGCAAAGUGAUCUGUUUCAUUGAGAGAGAGGUCCCAUUUCAUUUGAAGGCAGUGUAUGACAACCAAUAUUUGUUAGAGACCUCCUCUUUGCUGGACUAUGAGGGCACCAAAGAAUUCAGCUUUAAAAUUGUUGCCUCUGAUUCUGGGAAGCCCAGUUUAAAUCAGACUGCCCUGGUAAGGGUUAAGCUUGAGGACGAAAAUGACAACCCACCAAUUUUCAGCCAGCCUGUAAUUGAGCUGUCAGUUUCAGAAAACAAUCGACGUGGGUUAUACUUAACAACUAUUAGUGCCACAGAUGAAGACAGUGGGAAAAAUGCAGAUAUUGUUUAUCAGCUUGGACCGAAUGCCUCCUUUUUUGAUCUGGACCGAAAGACAGGAGUUUUGACAGCCUCCAGAGUCUUUGACAGAGAAGAACAAGAGCGAUUCAUUUUUACAGUAACUGCCAGGGACAAUGGGACCCCUCCCCUGCAAAGUCAGGCGGCUGUGAUAGUUACUGUUCUGGACGAGAAUGACAAUAGCCCCAAGUUUACUCAUAAUCAUUUUCAAUUUUUUGUGUCUGAGAAUCUGCCAAAGUAUAGUACUGUGGGGGUUAUCACAGUGACAGAUGCAGAUGCUGGAGAGAAUAAAGCUGUGACUCUUUCCAUUCUAAACGACAAUGAUAAUUUUGUCUUGGAUCCCUAUUCUGGAGUCAUAAAGUCAAAUGUCUCCUUUGAUAGAGAACAGCAGAGUUCCUACACUUUUGAUGUCAAAGCCACUGAUGGAGGCCAGCCACCCCGAUCCUCUACUGCAAAAGUCACGAUCAAUGUCAUGGAUGUCAAUGACAACAGUCCAGUUGUCAUUUCCCCACCUUCUAACACGUCUUUCAAGUUGGUGCCCCUCUCAGCCAUCCCUGGCUCUGUGGUAGCAGAAGUUUUCGCAGUAGAUGUUGACACUGGGAUGAAUGCUGAACUGAAGUAUACCAUUGUAAGUGGGAACAACAAAGGUUUGUUUCGCAUCGAUCCGGUAACAGGUAACAUUACUCUGGAGGAAAAACCAGCACCUACCGAUGUAGGCCUGCACCGUUUGGUGGUCAACAUAAGUGAUCUCGGGUACCCAAAGUCUUUGCACACACUUGUGCUUGUCUUUCUCUAUGUGAAUGACACUGCUGGGAAUGCCUCCUAUAUCUAUGACUUGAUUCGCAGGACUAUGGAGACCCCCUUGGACAGGAACAUAGGGGACAGUAGCCAACCCUACCAAAAUGAGGACUAUCUCACCAUCAUGAUUGCCAUCGUGGCAGGUGCCAUGGUGGUCAUAGUGGUGAUCUUCGUGACCGUCCUGGUGCGCUGUCGCCAUGCAUCCAGAUUCAAAGCGGCUCAGAGGAGCAAGCAAGGUGCUGAAUGGAUGUCGCCAAAUCAGGAGAACAAACAAAACAAGAAAAAGAAAAGGAAGAAAAGAAAGUCUCCCAAGAGCUCUCUUCUGAACUUUGUUACAAUUGAAGAGUCCAAACCAGAUGAUGCAGUUCAUGAACCUAUCAAUGGGACAAUCAGCCUGCCGGCUGAGCUGGAGGAGCAAGGUAUAGGAAGAUUUGACUGGGGUCCCGCGCCCCCCACCACCUUCAAGCCUAACAGCCCUGACCUGGCCAAGCACUACAAAUCUGCUUCUCCGCAGCCUGCUUUUCAUCUUAAACCAGACACUCCAGUUUCUGUGAAAAAGCAUCAUGUGAUUCAGGAGCUCCCUUUGGACAACACCUUUGUCGGGGGUUGUGACACCCUUUCCAAACGUUCUUCCACUAGUUCAGAUCACUUCAGUGCCUCAGAGUGCAGUUCCCAAGGAGGCUUCAAGACAAAGGGCCCCUUACACACCAGACAGUGGUCCCUACUGGCAAUGCUUGGCCCACAAUACUGCUGGGGAGAGGACAUGCAGUACCAGAGAUUGAAUUUAGGGCCUCAGUGUAACUCACACAGCAAAAGUGACAAUAUUCCUGUCACUCCUCAGAAAUGUCCCAGCUCUGCGGGUUUCCACAUUCAAGAGAAUGAAGAAAGCCAUUACGAGUCGCAGCGCCGCGUUACGUUCCACCUCCCUGAUGGCUCCCAAGAAAGCUGCAGUGACAGUGGUCUAGGAGACCACGAGCCGGUGGGUAGUGGAACCCUGAUCUCACACCCUCUUCCUCUGGUUCAGCCACAGGACGAAUUCUAUGACCAGGCCUCUCCGGACAAGAGGACCGAAGCUGAUGGAAACUCUGACCCCAACUCUGAUGGUCCCCUGGGGCCCAGAGGAUUAGCUGAAGCUACAGAGAUGUGUACUCAAGAGUGCUUGGUUUUGGGUCAUUCUGAUAAUUGCUGGAUGCCUCCUGGCUUGGGUCCAUAUCAGCAUCCUAAAUCGCCUCUGUCGACCUUUGCACCCCAGAAGGAAUGGAUCAAGAAGGACAAGCUCGUGAAUGGGCAUACCCUAACCAGAGCCUGGAAAGAAGAUAGCAACAAGAACCAAUUCAAUGACCAUAAGCAGUAUGGCUCCAAUGAAGGCCAUUUCAACACUGGGAGCCACAUGACAGACAUUCCUCUGGCAAACCUGAAGUCUUACAAGCAAACAGGAGGUGCUAUUGAGAGCCCUAAGGAGCACCAGCUCUAAAAAGGAAAAGGCUAUGUGGGACCUAAUAUCUUUAAUCUAAAUAGACAUGCUAAUCCUGUGUGUGUCAGAGCUUUAUGUAUUCAAUAGAUCUCUACAACUAUGCCCUUUAUAGCAGGGAUAUCUAUAACUUUGUGUUAGCACUAUGGAGGAUACAGUGUUUUACACCAGAAGAGAGAAGAUAGUCUACUAGCAGUGUGAUCUUGUUUACUAGUAUUGAUUAAAUUCUCGAAAGAUAUUUCCAUUGUGCAAAUAGCCUUUGUUUUUUUUUCUUUUAAGAAAGAAAGUUUUAUUUUGUCCCUGGACUGCUGCUAUGAACAAUAGAAUAUGCAUUUGGAGAGUAAGAAAGUUCCAUGGAUUAGAGUGAUUGACAAACAUAUCCAGUUAGAAAAUUGUGCUCUUUUUUGUCAUUGAUUUGUGCUGGGACUGCUAUACUUGACAUUAUACUUCAAACAAAACUUUAAAAAAAAUAAGCAUUAAACCUAUUGUGCUGUUAACAACGUUAGUGGACACUUGUAAGUCAAUCAGUGUUAAAGUAUUUGUAAAUAGAAGCAAGUAAUUAUUAACAACCUUUGUGUACUUAUAACGUUCACCUAAAAAUGGUGUAGCAUAAUUCUGUGUUUUAUGGUUGCUUCUUUCUUUUUAUUUCUUUUUCACUUUGCCUCUGUCAUUAUUUUUGUUGUUUAUUUUAGUGAGGUGUUUCUGCAUUAGUAGUCUGUCUUGACACACAUUGUUUAAAGGAUCUCAAACACUUAUGUUUAAAAAAGGUUCUGGAAUUUUUCUUCUUAUAUGAUAGCUUAUAAUGCUGGAAUUCUGUAAAAAACAUGGUCACAAGUGAAAAUUUUAUAUAAAAAGGACUUCUGCAAAAGCUUGGAAAUUCAGAACCUAUUUUCUUGACAUCCUUAUUUUAAAGGCAGGCAAAAGUAAAAUCACUUAAUUAGUAGCAUUAAAGUGAGAGAGUUAAAGGUGUGUGUUAUCCUUCAGAAUGUGAUAUUAUAUCCUGUACUUGUCACUCUUGCAAAACUAAUAUAACAAAAUUAGCAUAUAUUGAAGUAAAAUCACUUUAAAACUAGUUACAAUUUGGCAAAUGUGUGUCUAUAACUUUGUUGAAAUGACAGAGUUUGUGUUGAUCCUCAUAUACAAUAAUGUUGUUGUAACACAAGUGUUAGACCAUAGCCACAAAAUAUUUAAUGUGUUGUGCCUUCAUGACGUAACAGAACAUUCUCCAGGUAGGCUAGUUGGGGGAAAUAAAGGGAUAAAUCUCUAAUUAUUGCUGUUUAACUGUUUGUUAUCAUAGUUGGUCAAUGCCUGGCAGGUACCAGCAUCUUGUCACUUGGGUAAAACCAACAUAGUGACAACUAAUGUUAAUAAGAUCUCAGUUGCACGUGCAAAACAAAUCCAAAUUCGAACAUUCUUAGGAGGUUUUUGUUAAGGCAUGACAGAUGAUUAAACAAAUAAAUAGCAUGCAACAAAAUGUCUUUAUUGAAAGAAGUGAAAGUUAUCUUAAUGCCACAGUUCAACAUCAGUUUAAAAGAAAAAAAUAUCAAUAAAAAACAAAAAAAGGUUUGCUAAUCUGAUAGUUAAUUUGUUCUUACCAAAAAUAAAAUUACUUUGUAAAUAGAAAUUUACAUUUUCCACAGUAUAAUGGAAAAUAAUGGGUAGGGGUGCAUUGCUUAUUGCAGUACAUUUUUGUCGGUUUGUGAGGGGUGUUUGAUGAUUUUGACAGAAUAAAUAUCUAAACAAUUAUCCUUUUUACUGCUUUGCCAGUUCUACGUUAUUUACAAUUAUUCAGCUCUUGCAAUAAAUGUUCUGAAUUCCUGA